GCUUCCGGAAGUAGCCGACGAUGAGCGCCGAAGCACAAGACCGGGGAUGAAACGAGCCUGAAGCGGAAUUUAUUUAGUUCACGUGCUGGUUUGAACUGCGAGAGUGUGAGCGCAGGACAUAGCUGCCAGAGAGAAGAAACAAGAAGUGGGUGUUUCUGCAGUCCAGCCCGGUUUGGUUUUUGGUGUUUUUCUACUGUAAUACAGACUCUAGACGCACAACUUUGAGGCACCUGCUGUGUCAAGUUACUUCCUGCUCUUGGGUGGCAGUGAACUAACGUGGGGAGCUAAAGAGAUGGACCAGAACAACAGUAUACCACCCUUCCAGGGGCUGGCAUCCCCUCAGGGUGCCAUGACUCCAGGCAUGCCAAUCUUCAGUCCCAUGAUGCCGUAUGGCUCUGGCCUGACACCCCAGCCCGUCCAAAACACCAACAGUUUGUCUAUACUGGAAGAACAGCAGAGGCAACAACAACAACAACAACAGCAGCAGCAGCAGGCACAACAGGCAAACGCAGGCCUUCCUGGAACAUCGGGGCAGACCCCUCAGCUUUACCAUUCCCAGACAGUUGCAGGCUCGACCACUACAGCGCUGCCGGGGAACACUCCGCUUUACAACACCCCGCUGACCCCUAUGACCCCUAUCACACCGGCCACCCCAGCCUCAGAGAGCUCUGGAAUAGUACCACAACUACAAAACAUCGUAUCUACUGUAAAUUUGGGCUGUAAACUAGACUUGAAGACAAUCGCCCUGAGAGCCAGGAAUGCAGAAUACAACCCAAAGCGUUUUGCUGCAGUCAUCAUGAGAAUACGAGAGCCCAGGACGACUGCUCUCAUUUUCAGCUCUGGGAAGAUGGUCUGCACUGGAGCCAAGAGUGAGGAGCAGUCGAGGUUAGCUGCCAGAAAAUACGCUCGUGUGGUGCAGAAGCUCGGCUUUCCUGCAAAGUUCCUGGACUUCAAGAUUCAGAACAUGGUGGGAAGCUGUGAUGUGAAGUUCCCCAUUCGGCUGGAAGGAUUAGUCCUUACCCAUCAACAGUUUAGCAGUUAUGAGCCAGAGCUGUUUCCGGGACUGAUCUACAGGAUGAUCAAACCCAGAAUUGUCCUGCUCAUCUUUGUUUCUGGGAAAGUUGUACUCACAGGUGCCAAGGUGAGAGCAGAGAUCUACGAAGCAUUUGAAAAUAUCUAUCCCAUCCUCAAAGGCUUCCGCAAGACAACGUAGAACCGGCAUCUCCUUUAACCUUUAUUACCCCAAUCCUGACUCUUCGUACUUGGAAUUUUUUUUAAUUCACAAGAAGUUUCAUCUAAAUGUUGACCUCUACAAGUGGACUGCUGUAAGGGCUGUUUUACAGGGAUGUGAGUCGUCUUUUUUUUUUUUUUUUUUGCGCUCCAGAUUUUUUUGAAAAACAGGUGUUUUUUUGUUGCUGUGUUUUGAUCACAAGUGUUAAACUAUUUUACACAGACACAACUCCAAAUAUUCACAGCAUUUCUUUCUUUUGGUUUUUACCCAGACACUUCAGUUUUUUUCUGUUGUCCUGAUCACAUCCCCGAUUGUACAUACGACUGUAAAGAAAUGUAAAAAGUGCUGAUUUGAAGAGAAGCAGUCUGAUUAAGACAGUUUUUAGUUUUUAUUUUAAGCCAUUUUAAAUAGUUUUGUACGUUGCAUUUUUAUAAAUUGUCCACUCAGUCCCAAAAUCCUUUUUAAAACAUGUUCAGGUCUGUCAGCCCCACAUUCCUGUUAAGAGUAUUUGCUAGGAUUUUAGUUGAAGUGACUGUUUAUCCCAAAGCUAAUCAGUCUACUUUUUGACAGUUUUAACUUAAUACAUGUUUUUAUUCAAGUUAAUCACAUUUUGGUUCAGCUAAUUCCAUAACUGCUGGAAGUGGAUUUCUUUCUAAAGUCAAACAUUUUUACACAAGUAAAAUAAUACUGUCUGCAGUAACUGAAGGUGGGUGCUCUUAAUUUAGAAGGACAGAAGUUUAAGUUAAUUGAUGCAAGUACUUCUACAUUUGUGUCACUGUUGGGUUCCUUAUACAUUUGUACUUAUAAGUCAACCAGAACAAAACAUGAAGAAGCUCUUGGUGUGUAAGUAGACAAGCUCUUUUACAUCUUGCAUCUUACAUUCUCAAGCACUAAAAGAUGAGGAAACUAUGCAUUAUGUUGCCAUGUUUGUUUUUUUUGGCCACUUAAAAAUAUAUUUGAACAUUCA